AUGCAAUGAAUGCUUACUCGCCCGAUUAAAUUGCCGCGUGAAAAUACCGGCAAAGUAACCGACAUAAAUACAUCGUUAAACCACUCAGUACACCUGGAAGGCUGGAACCUUCAAAAAAAUCCUUUAAAUCUCUCUUGUAUGGUCGCCCCUCCUGACACUGAUUUGCGGAACCAGUGUAACUUUCAGCUUUGGCCGCUGAAUUUUUUGUUUAGUCGUAAGGAAUCGAUAUUUUGGGCCUUUAUUGUUAGGGUUUGAAGUUUGAGGCCUGUGCUAGGGUUUCGAGAUGAUUUUACUGGUAAGGGUAACGCAAUGGAUGGAGGAAUAUACGAUGAUCGUGGCGAGAAUAGUGGCUCAUUUAGUCCACGGCGCGCCUUUUCCGCAGCGCAUUCGCCUGCUUAUUCUUCGAAGACUUCAUUCGGUUCCAGUGCUUCGUAGAUAAAUUUCUGGUUUUUCUUUUCUUUUUUGACAGAGAUGAAGAGUUCUUGGAGAGAUAAGCGAUGCAUCGCAGUUUAUUUGUAGAUAUCACAGUCCAAAAAUGUUUUACCUUUACUUGUAUACAGAGGCUGCUUUCGGACUCCAUGGAAUUUGCUAAUUUUGAAAAACAACUCGUUUUUCUACUUUUUUGAAA